UCUCUGUGGGCAGCUUGAGGAAAGGAGCUAAAUUGUAGGGUAAUAUAGGGAUCAAAAUUGGCUUUAAACAUGUUGUACGUAAGGAGAGGGUUUGGGGAUGAGAAAGCUCAACUAAAUGAAUUAAAUAAACGUUUGGACCAGUACCUAUCGAAAGUUAGGCAGCUAGAAGCAGAGAACCAGGUACUGGUAGAAGAGAUCCACAGACUUCGCCAGGAAAGAGGAGCAGAGUGGACACAGGUUUACUACAAUGAAAUAUGCCAACUGAGGAGACAAGUGGAAGAGCUCAGUGUACAAAAAUGUGAAGCAGAACUACAGAAGGACACUGUCUUACAAGAACUUCAGGACUUGCAAGAAUUAUGGGAGCAAGUGAGGUCCGUCAGACUGAGAAUUGACCAACAGCUAGAACUUUACAAGAAAGAUCUGCACCAAGCAAAAGUUAACCAGGCAGCAUUGGAAGAACUGUAUUUUCGGCUCCAACAAGAAUGUCAGAUGCUUAAAACUUCUCAACAAGAAGAAAUGUUUGCCCUCAGAGAUCAGGCUGUUCAGGUGCCUCUUCAGAUGACCAUGCAGGAGGUUGUGCGACCGAGGCUAAGCCUAGAGGAUGUACAGAGCUUGUCACUGGAGAUUUCAGAGUCCUGGAAGGAGGUAUUUCUGGUCUACCAGAAAAAAAUUGAGAAACUAGAGAACUCACUGGAUAUGGAUGUAGAACAACGACUUGGAGUGGAGGAGGAGGUAAAAGUACAGAAACUACAAAUAGAAGAAUUGCACAAAGAACAUGAGGAACUCCUGAGAAUCCAGGAUAUGUUACAAAAAGAGCUGUUGAGGAUGAAAGAGAAGUACAUGCUGGAGGUGGAGGAGUACCAGAUUAUCAUAAACGAGCUGGAGACAGAAAAACGGACUAUCUCAUUGAACAUCACAGAGCGUCUGAAAGAAUAUCACGACCUCAUGCAAGUGAAAACAGGACUCGGCCUGGAAGUAGCUGCCUAUAGGGCUCUAUUGGAAGCAGAAAGCAAAAAGGGCACAGUGAUCGUGACAGAACAUUUAGUGAGGGACAGGCCUGCAGGUUACGUAAAAUCUUCCGUUGAAGAAUCAACAAAACGCUAUCACAGAGGAGCUGAAUACCCAAUGACAAGAUGCAAAGAACAGAUAAGGAGAAAUAUGGACACCACAAAUGUAGAUAGGUUCAUAACUCGCACAAUACCACAACAACAAAUCAGACCAAAAUAUUCAAAUCUGGAUACCACAAAUAGUUCUUAUGUAUCCCAUAUAUAUGAGAAUACAAGCCAAAACAAAAGUGAAAGAUGGAACACAGGUACGCCUAUAAGAUAUGAGAUAUCCAGUAAGACUGAAUUCCCACAGACUAUGUAUCGCCCAAUUAUUUCAACAUUUCCAUCAACCAAGCCCACACUCAUAACUGAAACAAGGAAAGAAGAAAAAGUGAAAGAUCUAAAACCAGUUGCCCGCCCAAGAGCUCAUUCUAAAGAGGCCAAAAAGCUAGAUGUACAUGUUAGCAGAGAAGAUAAAAAAGUGGAUUGCAUCUCACAAAGGAGUUCAGAAACAAAAGUAACCAAAGAAAAUAAAGCAUCUCCAAAGCAUGUAGAAAAAAUACAACAAGCCUUGGAACCUAAUCUUCAGUAUAUAUCUAAAGAGAAUGUGAUCAGUGAUGCAACUAUAACAGAAUCAGUUCAGAAAGAUAUUAUCCGAGAACUGGUACCUCAAGAGCUUCCUGUCAAAAAAGAAAGGAAGAAAAGAGAACAAGCUAAAAAAAGAAAAGAGGAGUUAGAAAAAGUUGGAGAUGGUGACACGAAUGUAGCAGCAGGAUCAAUGGUUGAUGUCCAGGAAACCACUCAUGUGCAAAAAGUUGUACUUGGAGAAAAAGAAUCAGGAUCAGAGAACCAGCAAAUUGUAUGGGAAAUACCAAUACAACUGGAAGCAAGAAAAAUUGAAAAUAGCACACAAAAAAGUUAUAUGGAGGAUAACGCAAAAAGAAAUGUAAGUCCUAUGUAUGUGGAUGACAAAAGAAUGUUUCUAGAAAAUAUGGAUAACCUUACAGCACAUCGGAGUGGCAUAACUGAGGAAUCUGACAUAAGAACAAAAUCAGUAACUCUAGUUGAUGAUAUUCUAAGACAUUUAGGCCACGCUUCUGUUUCAGAUGAUAAUAAGCCUAACAUAGUCUCUAUUGAGAAGAAACAACAGGAAAGUGGAGAUACAACAACUAUUUUUGGAGAUAAAAUUGUCUUGGAUAUACCAAUACAGUAUGAAGAAGGGAAAAGAGAAGUUAGGUCAGAAACAAAGAAUCUAGAACAUACAGAACAAAGCAGGCUUUUAUGGGACUCUCAACAAACUAAUGUGGUGAGUAAAGAUGCUGCUGUUCUAAAGGAUAAAGAGGCAAUGAAAGCAAAUGAAUACUACGAAGACAAUGCAAAGUACACCAUGGAUUCUAAUGUGGACGAUAGUUCAUUAGAGCAUAGUGAGAAGAAAGCUAUUGUUACAGAUAUUCUAAGGCAAUUAGGUCAACCCACUGCUCUGGAUGAUUCCAAUGUAACCUACAUGGAAAAAGAGGAGCAAUGUGACGAUGGCUUUGUAAAAACUCACAUCUUUGUAGAGUCUAAAACAAAGGAAGAAAUUGAUUUGUUUGACGAACCUGACUUAACUGAUAUAUGGAACACAACAGCCACUAAGUCACCAGCAAAAACUGUGCCAGGAUCAACUGGAAGCUUGCCUGGUGAAGUAGAAAGCAGGACAACAAAGAAAACAAUACUGAAAGAUGUGACUGGAAAGCAGGCAGAAGAAUGGAUAGGAAAUGUAAUCCACUCUGGGUUAAAGACAGGGACAGGAAAGUCAAUUAAUGUCGAGAUAGUUGAAGAAUCUUAUGGAACCUUCGAAUUUGAAAAGGGGGAAAUUCCAACUCCAUUUCAUGUAGAAGAAGCAGAAGAUAGUUGCAAUGUAGAAGAAUCAGUCAUUUCUGAACAACAUUCCUCAAUUAGCACCGAAAAGUGGCAAGAUGAAAGUCAGCUCAGAGAAGGUCCAUCUCAAGUUGAAGAAGUAACAGAAGGUGGGCAUGCUGAUGAAGAGAUAGAUUACUUUGUUCAUGUUCCUGAUGAUAACCCCUACCUAGAUGAGGAGGAAGAGGAGACCUUACGAGGACAGAUCCACACGGAAGAAGAAUCUACUGUUAAGUAUUCUUGGCAAGAUGAAUUUCUACAAGGAUCCCAAGGUCGUAAGAGUUUGAGUGAGCUUCUAAAAAAUGCCACGGCCAGUGAGCAAAGCUCAUAUGGUGAAGAUAAGUCUGAUAAAGCACAACAAAGAUGGAGCAGUGAAGAGAAAACAGAACAGCCACACACUGAAAGUAUUGUAAUUGAGAAAAAAAUUGAAGUGCCACAAGAAAUGAAGUCAUCAAUUAUGGAUCUUUUGUCAAAAGAUGUUAAAGAUCCACAGGAAAAAUUGAAAGGGGCAUUACACUGCCUACAAGGAAAACUUCCACAAGAUCUUAUGGAAGAACUGUCAGCACUAGCUGGAGAAGAACAAACACAAAGCAGCAGUUUGGCAGUGGAUAUCAAAAAAGUUGGACAACCUGAAGAAAGUGGUGCAGUUACAAUUGUGGCAGAAAUAAAUGUAUCACAAACGGUAGACGCUGAUGAUGUAGAUAUGUUAGAGCUAGGUAAGGAUGUUCAGAGUGAAAUGAUAACUAUACGUAAAUCAAAUAUCAAGUCAUCUGAUGAUGUAACAUCAUUUGCAAAAGAAUCUGAUAAAUACCAAGAAUUGUAUGACUCCAUGGGAACAAAUAAUAGUGAGGAGUAUUACACUGAGGAGAUCAGCAUCAAAGGGCCAACUACCACAAGUAUCCAUUUCAGUCCCACAAGAGAAUUUUCGUUUGGUCAAAUUUCCACCGAUGUAAGUAAAUUCAUAAAAAACAUUGAACUUAGCACCAAUGAGCAAGUCACACAAGAGAAAACGGGAUCACAACAUGGCUCAGUUGGUGAACUAUCUCCAACAGAAAUAAACAGGUCUGAACAUCACUUCACAAUCGGACCCAGGGAAAUGCUCUCUAAAAAGCAGAUAAUCUUUGAGGGGCCUGUCUCAGAAACACUGAAACUGGACAUAGUAAAAAGUACAGAAGACACUUCAGAUCAGAACAGGUCUAUUAGACAUAUUAAAAUAAGCCCAACAGAAAAUUUUCCGGCAGAACAGAUUAUAUUUCAUGGACCCAUUUUCAAAACAGUCAGCAUUGGGCAAAAUGUCACAGGAGGGUUAUCAGCUAAAGAUGACACUGCUGAGAGUGUAGGCCAAUCAUUGGUUUACAAUGAAAACCAGGGAGAUCAAGAGAUUUAUUCUGGUGAAAAAAGUAAAGACAUUUUAUUAGAAGGAUCUAUUCCAAAACCUAAUGAUCUUAAUAUCACUUUAGAUACCACCGAUGACAGUGCUCCUAUUGAAUUCAACUUUGCUACUCAGAAAGUGCAUGCAGCAAAACAAAUUAGGUACCAGGGUUAUGUUUCCGAACCAGAGUCAAUUAGCAGUUUAAAACAGUCAAAAGAUCAGCCCAGCAUCAAUACAUCUGUCCACCAUAUUAAAUUAAGUCCUACCAGAGAGCAAAUCGUUUUUGAAGGCUCCCUCUCACCCAGUUUUCAAAUUAGAGGAGAAGAUGGUUUUCAAAUGGAUGAUAAAAAUAGAUAUAUGAGACAUAUACAACUGAGUUCUCCUGAUAGUCAUACAUCAGAAAGUACCACCUUUGAAGGACCAACUAGGGAAUCCUAUGAAUCAUCAGAGUAUAUUGUUUCAUCUCCAUCUGGGGAUUCCACUGAGAGCGAGAGGUCAAUUAAACACAUUAAACUGGGUCCAACAGAAAAGUCAUUUACAUUUCAAAUGGAUAUAACCAAAAUAGCCACAAAGCAUACAGGAGAAGAAGGAGGUCAAGAAAGCAGCACGGGGAUUAUGUCUAGUAGGUCUGAAGAACAACAAGAACUUAGUCAAUCAUAUAGUGAAUUAAAGGAGGAUUCAGAAGUGGCAGAAAGCGGAUAUGGUGAGGAAGAAAUUGCUGGCAUCUCUCAACCCCCUUAUAAUAUCACAUCCCACCAGGUUAUCGGUGAUAUGUCAGAAGUCGAGAAAACUGUGCAGCUGCAAAGAAUUGUCCACCAUGGUCACACUGUUUCUGAUGAUAAGAAAGUAGCCAUUGUUUACCUUGAUGAUGAAGAAGAUGAAGAAGAGCCUGAUCAAGAUUAUUUACGGCGUUCAUUCUGAAAUCACUCUAUGCAAGGAUGAUGAAUGCUAAGGACUCAAUAUAAUAUAUGUCUGGUGAUAUGCACAUUGCCAAACCCACUGACAAGAGUAUUUAGGGCCCUUUUACCUAAGGCAGUUUUAAUGUAUUGACUUCUGACCUAUAUCUAAUGCUCUAGUCAUUCUAUAGCUAGAUCAGUUCCAAGCUUUGCAACCAUUCAAGGUGCCUGAAAAUUGUUUUAAUGUAGGGAUAUGUACUGUUGGAAAGGGUAAGGAAUAUGCUAAUUUGCCAACUAAUGCACAGAUUUACAGGAAGAAUAACAGAGGAAGGGCUCACUAUUAAGUUCUAAGGAAUGAAUGUAAGAGUGAGGUAGGGUACACUAUAAAGGGUAAGAAUGGGGAGUGAGGAUGUGAUGCUUUAUAAAGGAUAGAGCUUAUCGAUUGUAAGCUCUUGCAGGCAGGUCCCUCUCUUCCUCCAUAUCAGUUAUUUACGCUGUUUCACAUUUAUUGUACUUACAUUUGUGUUUAUAUGUGUUCUAGGGCGCUGUAAAAAUAAAUAAUAGUUAUGAAAAUGAUAAUCCUUUUAGUGCACAACAUCCUCACCCCCAAGCUUUUAUAGUGCACAACUGCAACCGCCACAUCCAGAUUUCCUUAAAGAGUACCUGUCACCAAAUAAAACUUUUAAUAUAGUGUUCCUUGUGUACUUUCCCAUUCUCUUACUUUUAAAAUUAUCAACAUAAAUAUGUUUAAAAUGUAAUAUAAAAAACGGCCACUAGGUGGCUAUGUUCUGUUCCCUGCCACAAUUAAUGCUGUCAAUUUGGUCUCCUCCCGGAAUGGUAGGAGUCCAGACACAGGAAGUGCUUCUGGCUGCACUGAGCUUGAUUGACAGCUGCAUAGAAAGUGAAAGCUCCACAGAUUCUCACAGAAAGUUGCACAGAUUGAAACCUGGAGGAGAGCCUCACUUAUUGCAACACAGACUGAAACAUGCACAGAGCUUGAUGUCUUCUAUUCACCACAGCACCACAACCGUGUGAGGGCUGAAGUGGUCCCCAAGCAGGCUUCAGUGAUGUCAUGCCUGCUGGGAAACGCCCACUUUCUCCUGCUGUGAGCAAAAAUAAAGGUAUGAUACACAGUUUUUUGAAGCUCUGAAAUUUUUAUAAUGGGGUGGGAGGGGUGUUAGGAGUAGUUAGGGAACAUAGCCUGAGUUACUUUAGAACAAUUUAUUUGGUGACAGUUACCUAAUUGUUUGAGAUCUGAGAAAUUUGAGUACCAAGGUACCAGUGUACCAGCAAGAAACAUAGAAAGCGUCGGCAGAUAAGAACCAUUUGGCCCAUCCUGUCUGCCCAAUAUUCUGAAUACUAUGAUUAGUUCUUGUCCCUAUUUUAUAUGAAGGAUAGCCUUAUGCUUAUCCCAUGCAUGCUUAAAAUCCUUCACUGUGUUUGCAGCUAACACUUCUGGAGGAAGGCUUUUUCAUGCAUCCACUACUCUAUCAGUAAAGUAAUACUUCCUGAAAUUAUAGCAUAAACCUUUGCCACUCUAUUUAAAGGACAUCUGCAGCAAAAGACAACUUAUCCCCUAUCUACAGCAUAAGGGAUAAGUGUCUGAUCGCAGGGGGAUCGCAAUCUCCCAAACGGGGCCCCCGCAUCUCCCUCUAUGUGAGCGGCUAAUGCGCGUAGCGUCGACCUCUCUGAGGUCGACGGUACGCCCCCUCCACGACCC